AUGAGCAGCACAUGUCUUCAGAGCGGCCAUCUCGCGUUGCUCAUCUUCGCGGCCAUAACUGGUACCCUGCUACUGGUGGUGGGCUUCAUCGUCGCGUUUUGGUUCUUUUACUUGAGGAAGAAUGGCAACGGUAAGUGGUGGUGAUGAGGUCAUUUGACUAGUUUGAUGUGAUAUUGGUAAUUUUAUCUGUUUUAUUGCUAUUUAUGGUCAUAUUGUAAGUAUGGCCAAAAGAAAAGAGGUGUGUAAGAGAGAGAAAAAUGAUUUUUUUUUGUAAAUUUUAUUCACUUUUGUCACCAAAAACCAUUUUUUGACCAAUUUUUAUGAAAUUUUAAGAUUUCAUGUCUUGUUAAUAUAUUUUACUGUAGUUUACUGUAUUUUUUCCAGAUGGAAAGUUGUUUUACAUCAACAGAAAAACGCCGAUAGAAAUGGAAGAUGAUGGAGACAAAGAAUCUUGCAAGGUAAUAUCCACUUUUAUGUCAUUUAUGUCUUUUUUAUAUCUUUUCGCACUUUUACUUCUUUAAUAUAAUGUCUGAUGUAAUAUUAUGUAUUUUAACUUUACGUCAGUAUGUCCACAAUUUUAUAUGCAAACUUUAGAAAGAACGACCCCACUCAAUGUCGAGCAACCCAUCGAUGACCCAGAAGUCGAUCGAGCUCACUGGUCAUUCCGUCUACAAAGAAGCUACAGGCCAAAACGGAUUCUCGAAGCUCUACGAACUCGGAAUCACCAUCUCCAAGGCUUCAGACAACAACUUCAAGGUGGAAUCUGUAGAAAAAAGUGAAUCCCAGUUCAUUCCUGGAGACACGCUUCUUCGUGUAGCCUUGGACCUGAAGCAGCUACCGUUGGAGAAAGUUACCGCACUUCUGGAGCUUCUCGCACCGUUCAAUGUUAGUGUAGAAGCACUGAGAUUGAAUCAGACCGAGAUUUCUGUAGAGGCUGAAGUUGAACAUGAUUCUACAGGAGAGGUCACGAUGCCAGAAGAUAUUAAGAUGGAAUCAGUAGACAGUGUGGAUUCUGAUGAGAAACAGAAUAACAAUGAAGUCUUGAAGAAGGACGCCGUAACAGAAGAAGAAUGCAAAAAAUAUGAUUUAAAGACUCCAGAAUUGAAAACGGAAUCAAAAUCAGCUACUGAACUACAUCAACCGCCAACUUCACACCCUGACGAACACGGUGACAAUGAUACAGAAGCCAAAGCGGAUCCAGAGAAAAGUGAAGAAAAAGUGGAAGCUCCUGAACUUUCUCCUCCACCUCCGACCAGCUCUCCACCGGCUUCACCUAUUUCCGGACGAUCGAACAGAAACUCGCAGGCUUCAGACAGCGGACGAAGCGGCUCCGACGAAGAAACCCGCAGACACGCCACCAAGAUUCCGACGCCCAAAAUGAGCAACAGAAGCCUGAGGAUGAUGAACAAGAGCCCCGAUAACUCGGUAAACAUUAUUUUGAUGGUAACUCGGUCAAAAAGUUGAGAGAAAUAGUAUAAUUUGGUCAAAAAGUUUAGAGAAAAGCCUUUAUGACCAAUUAUAUUGUACUCUUAUACCAAGGAUACUUUUUCGCUUUGUACAACUAUAAGACAUAACUUUCAGAACAAUGAGAACAUGAACAUAAUCUACCAAGAGAUGCAGAGCAAACUCUCCGACUGUCACAAGGAUUCAGAUGUGCUUGUAGUAAGCAGCGAAGAAACGGACGAGUACGGUCUGACAACAACACAAUAUAACACUCUGGAGAACAAUAGGAAGCGACUGGAACGAGAGCGACAGCAACUCCGCGAUCUCGGGAUUCUCUCAUAA